AUGCGAACAACAAUAGACGAUGUUGAUAGGCUUCAAGAUACCACGUUCCGCCAGGCCUUGCUAGACAACUCUCUCCAACUGGUUUCAGCGAGCCCCGAAGAUGUCCUUUACACCUACGAGAACACUAUAACCGGUUUUGCCGCUCAAUUAACCGAAGAACAAGCCAGAGCAUUGCGAGCACAGCCUGAGGUCUUGGCUGUGACACAUGACCAGGUCUAUAGUCUCUUCACCACAAGGAGCUCUCAGUUUCUUGGAUUGGCCAGCAACGCAGGCAACCAGAGGAAUCGACUCUUCAACAGUAUGCCCGUAGAUCCCCAAGAAAAAAGCCAAAGUGACGGUGCAGAAGCAGAGUCAAACAUUAUCAUCGGCUCCUUUGACAGCGGUGCGUGGCCUGAGCACCCAAGCUACAACGACAACGGAAUGGCUCCUAUUCCAGCACACUGGAAAGGAAUUUGCCAGGAGGGGGAGCAGUGGACGACCUGUAACUGCAACAGAAAAUUAAUCGGAGCAAGGGCUUUCUAUAAAGGCAAUGAACUGGGCCUCGGCAAAUAUGACAACAUAUCCAAAUGGGCCGAUGAAUACAGGUCCGCAAGGGAUGCCGACAGCCACGGAACCCACACUUCCACCAUUGCUGCUGGUUCCGAAGUAGCAAACGCCAGCCUGUUUGGUUUAGGACUCGGUACAGCUCGUGGCGUGGCAAAGGACGCACGCCUGGCCAUUUACAAAGUAUGCUGGAACAAUGGAGGCUGCAGUGGUGCAGACACACUGGCUGCCAUCGACCAAGCCAUCGCUGAUGGUGUCAACGUUGUUUCUUUUUCUAUAGGUAUCUCGUAUGAUCCAGAUGCGUCGCCGUUAGAACUUGUUGAUUCUUUAUUCAUUGCUACUUUUAAAGCAAUGAAGAAGGGCAUUUUCGUCUCUGCAGCUGCUGGAAACGAUGGUCCUGGUCUCUCAACUGUCACCAAUGUUGCGCCAUGGGUGUUGACUGUGGCCGCCAGCACACUUGAUCGUGACUUCGCUGCUCACAUUACUCUUGGCAACGGAAGAAACUAUACAGGCGUCAGUUUUUACACCAAUGAUUCUGUUUCAAACAAGACCAUGCUAUACGACGGAGGAGAUCUGCCUUUAAUCCACGCAAAUCUUGCAGGCAAAGACGGCAAGCUUGGACCAUCUAAUUGCACACCCGACAACCUUGAUCCAGAAAAGAUUAUUGGAAAGGUUGUUGUAUGUGAGUACGCUUUUAGGCCUCCACCAGAUGAUUUUUUAAUGGCUUCUGGUGCUCGCGGCAUGAUUCUUGUCAACAAAAAACUGGGUGGGGAGAGCUUAAGAGGAAGCCUGUACGACCUUCCUGUCGUACAUCUCGGCUUCAAGGACGGUCUUGAAGUGGCAAAGUACGCAAAAGAAUCAAACGCAACAGUGGUUUUCGACUUUGAAGGUACUAGAUUUGGCAUUCCUGCACCACAGAUGGCAGAAUUCAGCUCCAGGGGCCCCAAUGUGCUGGUGCCUGAGCUUCUCAAGCCGGACAUCACUGGUCCUGGUGUUGACAUUUUGGCAGGCUGGCCCCGCAAGAGCCCUACUGCCCUUCAAGCAGACUCACGCAAAGUCUUUUUCAAUAUUGAUUCUGGCACCUCCAUGUCUUGCCCUCAACUAUCUGGCGUCGCGGCGUUCAUGAUGGCCAGACGGCCGGGGUAG